CAUUUUUGAGCCAUUCUUAUCACUGAAGUGCAGUUGGGUGAAAAGACAGGGGUUUUUAUGCAGAACACUUACGUGGGCUUCUGUCUUGUAAAUAAUUUGGAAAGCAGAAAACCCUUACAUCUUUUGUGUUUAAUGUUUCACUAUGUAUUUAAAGAGAGAUACAGGCUUAGGGGGCUGGAUAACUGUACCUGCUGUAGCUGAUGUUCUUAAGUAUUCUUGCAUUGUUUGCUGGUCUUCUAGGGAAAAGAAUAAUGUAGAGCAAGACCUGAAGGAGAAAGAAGAUACCAUCAAGCAGAGGACAAGUGAGGUCCAGGAUCUACAGGAUGAAGUAAAGCGGGAGAGCAGUAAUCUGCAAAAGCUUCAAGCUCAGAAACAGGAAGCGCAGGAAAUCCUUCAUGAUCUUGAUGAGCAGAAGGCCAAGUUGGAAGAGCAACUUAAUGAUAUCAGGCAGAAGUGUGCAGAGGAGGCCCAUUUGAUUGCCAUGCUGAAGGCUGAAAUAACAAGCCAGGAAUCAAAGAUUUCAGCAUAUGAAGAUGAACUGACCAAAGCUCAAGAGGAGCUGAGUCGCCUGCAGCAAGAAACUGCAGAGCUCGAGCAUUGCAUAGAGUCUGGGAAAGCACAGCUGGGACCUCUUCAGCAACAUCUGCAGGAUUCACAACAGGAAAUCAAUUCAGUGCAGACAAAACUUCAUGAGCUGAAAGAAUUGGAAAAUAACCAAUUUAGUUGGCACUCUCAGCCACAUAAUACACUUGUUAAUGGAACUGUGGAUCAUUCUAGUCUUAGCAACAGCAGCAGUGAAACAGCUAACCUAAAUGAGAAUGCUGAAAGGGAAAGUAUAGCAGAAGAUGAACAAAUAAACAGUGUGUCUCCAAUAAGGAAUAGUCCUGAAACAACAGCCUCUCUUGUAGAAGAAGAGAAAGAGACUUCAACUACAACUAUUACCAAAAAAGAAGAUCCAUUUGAUACUGAAUCUCAUCCAUUGCCUGAUCUAGUUUCUGAAGCCAGCUUAGAAUUCUUCCAGUCUGACCCUUUUGUUGGCAGUGAUCCCUUCAAAGAUGACCCUUUUGGGAAAAUUGAUCCCUUUGGUGGUGAUCCCUUCAAAGGCUCAGAUCCUUUUGCAGCUGACUGUUUUUUCAAACAAUCCUCCACCGAUCCUUUUGUGACUGCUGGCACUGAUCCAUUUAGCACUGCAGACAACAGUAAUAAUAUCACAACAGAGAUAUUGAAGAAGAAUGACCCUUUUGCUCCUGGUGGAACAACUGUUACAACGUCGAAUGAUCUAGCUACAGACCCCUUUGCCUCUCUGUUUGGAAAUGAAUCCUUUGGAAGUGGCUUUGCUGACUUCAGCACACUGUCAAAGGCCAACAAUGAGGAUCCCUUUAGCUCUUCCACAUCAGGUUCUGUCAACAAUGUGAUCAUAACUAAAAACCUAUUUGAGGAACCACCAGCUAAAAAUGAGGAUGUUCCUCCUGCAUUGCCCCCUAAAACAGGAACUCCCACAAGGCCCUGUCCACCACCACCUGGGAAAAGACCUAUCAAUCAAAUAGACUCUUCAGAUUCCUUUAAACCGAGCGAUCCAUUUCAGCCUUUCCCCACCCCAGACAUUCCCAAAGAACAAGAAGCAGAUCUAUUCUGUGAUCCAUUUGCUCCCACCAACAUCAGUAAAGAGGCUGACCCCAACAAUUUUGCAAACUUCAGUACUUAUUCUACUGAGGAAGACAUGAUUGAAUGGGCUAAGAGGGAAAGUGAGAGAGAAGAGAAAGAAAGAUUGGCAAGACUAAAACAGCAAGAGCAAGAAGACUUGGAACUGGCUAUUGCACUCAGUAAAUCUGAAAUAUCUGAAGCAUGAAGUUUAGAAUAAGAUUUUGUCUUAUGUCAACUGUUUUGUCCCUUUACCUGAAUACCUAACCUAUUUAAAUGUUAAUCAGAAAAAUACAUAUAUGCAAGAAACUAUGAAAGGUUGUAAAUUUCUGAAAGUGGUGUGAAUGUUUCUGCUAAACUCAAUCCUUUUGGUUAUUGUUUGAAUAACUGUUAAGUUUAGCAUUCAAUUUCUCAAGUUUCAGGAGAACAAAGUACUUUUCCCAGCUGUAAGCUAAUCAGUUUAAAAUGCAGAUAGUGAGACUGUAGUUUGACUGUAAUCUGUCAGCAGUUGGUAAUUGAGCAUAAAGUGAACAUAGCAAUUAUUCUGUCAUGGCUGACUGUCUCCCAUCAAGCAGUUAGUCAUCUGAAACCUUUUAUCCUUCUAAAGAGAUUUUAGUAAUGCCAGAGUUGUGGAGUGCUUUACUUUACAUGUAUGCAUAUAGGUUUUUCUCUUCUGAAGAUUCUACGUUUGGAUUUGAAAUAACAAUCUUCUUGGAGACUCAGCAAGAGUGUGUCUUUCUGAAACCUUUAAUGUUUUUCUUGCAUGGUCAUAGGUUUUAAGACAGACUUGUUAUUUUGUUUUAUAAAACAAUUAAGUUGAUUCUUGUGCAUUUGCUGUUGGCCAAGAUGACUGCCAAAUUGGGAGACCCCACUGCUAUUUGAGCCACUUUUGCCUGUGAAAUAUGCAGCUGAACUGGCAAGUUAAUAACUUCAAUUUGAAAUAGGAUUGAGAAUAGAAAGAAAAAACAGGUAGUCUGAUUUUUAUUUUUUUUAACCACAGUUGUUUUCUGUAUAUGUAAUUUAUUGAAUGCCAACAGAUAGUUGCACCUUAAACUGAAUGAUUUCUGAAUGGUCACUGAGUCAGAAUAGGAUUAAUAGAACGUUAAUGAAAAGAACUUAAUGAAAAUAACUUAUUGUUCAUUUUGAAAGAACUCCAUUCUGAGGAAUCCAUUUCAUUAAAUUCCAAAAAUAAAAAUCUUUUGCCCUAUCUAAGAAAAAUGGAUGGCAGCAGCAUAAACAUCAAGGGAUUUGGUUGAUUUUUUUUUUUUUUCCCCCUUGCACUUUUAACCUGUGGUAUUUCUGUUGAGGAAAUUGAAGUGUUUCAAGAUAGAGCACUGGAGGUGAAAGGAGAACUUGACCAUGCUUCAGUGUAUUUAAGCUCUUCCCAUUACCUGUCAAUGCUGCUGUUGCACGAGUUUGAGGGUAGUUUUCAAUUUUUCAGGAAAAAUGGGUGACUUGACUGGGAUAGUUUUUCUUUUGCACUGGGAAACGAGCAUUGAAACACCUGCUCAAAAAAAGUAACUUAAAAUUUUGCAAGUAUUAAAUAGUUAUAACUUAUCUAUACAUCUUUGUAAUGAGUGUACACUAAUCUUGCAAAUCAUAUGCUUAACUGGAUUACAUAGUUUCUUAUCUUUUGUUAAAAAUGUAUACUCAGUGGACCAACACGAUAUUAUAUGUAUAUAUUAUAUAUAUAUUCCUUCUUUCCUUUAUGGAAUUUAAAGGUUUGAGUCAUUUGAUGUUACAUUUCAUGUUACUGACUCUGACUAUAGUACUUUUACUCAGACUACCAACAAACCACUGCUGUGAGCUAAAUGGCAUUACUUUAUGAAGUUUUAACUGGUUUUUGUUUGUUUUUUUUUUAAAAAAAAACUUGUUCAGGUGGGAUUAGCCUCUAUUUAUAGACUUCCCUUUUGUUUAAAAAUUCUAACAAUAGCCUGUAAUUAUGAAGAAAUAAAGUUUAAGUACAUAAGUGU